GUGACGUCACGAAGUAUGUCAGAUACAGGAGGGGGGUCGUGUGAAAUGAACUUUAACAAUGUCAGAGUUACCAACCGCACCGAACAGACUGGAAGUAAAGAAAUGCUGAAGAUCGUACAGUGGAGGAGGGCCUUGCAGUACGCAGCGGCGUUCACAGCUGCCCUCACGUUCCUGAUGGCCGGUACUUUUGCAUCGUGGACUUCGCCGACCCUACCAAAGCUGGAGGAAGUCCAUUCUCACAUUCCCAUCACCAGAGACCAGGGGUCAUGGAUCGUAUCUCUGCUGGGGGUGGGCGGUAUCCUGGCACCUUUGCCUGCCGGCUACCUGGUCAACAAAUAUGGACGCAGACCUCUGUUAAUUUUCUCUGCACUGCCGUUCCUGCUGGCGUGGUUGCUCAUCAUUUUUGCCAGGUCUGCGGUGGAUCUCAUGGUGUCGCGCACGGUGUGUGGACUCGGCGCGGGGAUCGCGUUCGCUGUGUGUCCUAUCUACCUGGGGGAGAUCGCCGAGGAUAGUGUGAGAGGAAUCCUAGGGACGCUGAUGCAGCUAAUGAUGAAUUUGGGCUCAAUGUUUGAGUACAGUCUGGGUCCAUACGUCUCGUAUACCACCCUCGGUGUGCUGUCGAGCGUAUUCCCCGUCGUAUUCCUGGUACUGAUGUUCUUCAUGCCUGAGAGUCCUUACUUCUUACUCAUGCAGGACAGAAGAGACGAGGCUGAAAUCGCUCUCAUGAGACUACGCGGACAGACAGACCGUCAACAUAUACAGGAGGAGCUAGCGCGCAUCCAGAACGUCCUGGCGGAGCAGAUGAAGGAGGAGAGCAGACCACGUGACCUGAUCGCGACGAGAGGAACGCGUCGCGCCCUGGUCAUCAUGAUUGGCCUGAUACUGAUCCAGCAGUUCGGAGGCAUCAUGGCGAUCCUGUCCAAUGCGCAAGACGUGUUUGAAAUCACCCCGGGCAGCUCUCUGUCGUCCAGCGAGUGUGCCAUCGUGGUCGGCGGUAUCCAGACACUGGCCAGCAUCAGCACUUCGUCCCUCGUGGACCGCCUAGGACGGCGACCUCUUCUGCUGACGUCAACGUUCGGUUGCGCUGCGUCACUUGUCGUCAUGGGAGCAUACCAGUACAUACACUUGAAGACAGAUAUGGACACUGCGGCCUACGACUGGCUCCCCCUUCUCUGCCUUGUGGUGUUUCUUGUCACUUAUUCUUUGGGUAUCGGGCCGUUGCCCAUAGCCAUGAUGGGCGAGAUGUUCCCCUCGAACGUGAAGGGCGUUGCCCUAUCCAUCGGAGCCAUGCUGCUGUCGUUCUGUUUUGUGCUCGUCACAAAGCUGUACCAGGUGGCUGUGGACGGGCUUGGCGCUUACUUUACUUUCUGGUUCUUCGCUGGUGUGUCAACUGUGGGCAUAUUCUUCGUGUUCUUCCUCGUUCCAGAGACCAAGGGCAAGUCUCUGGGGAACAUCGUUCUGGAACUCAAUGGAGCGAAGCCAGAGAAACAUGUGGGAAGAACAGGGGACCAACAGUCUGUCUUCACCAUCUCAACAUAAUGGUCCUCGUGUUCUGUGUUCGGGUUAGUGGACUAGCUGAGAAUCAAGUGCAUUGACAGACAGAUGUAAAAACUUUCUCUCUCUUUCCAGCCUGCUUCAUUAUCGAACCGAACUCUGUGAUGUAGUGGUUAACAUCCAUUCUCAAUAUGUAAAGCUUUCGAAUCAUGACUCAGACAUUAUCUAUUCUGACAGGUCUUUGGUGUAUUCUUACGUUUAAUGACGUCGGGCAGCAGAAUUACUUUGAAUGAUGAUUAGAAUAGGGAGAUUCAACGACGCCUUGAGCCACAUGGUGUGAGAAUAAUGCUUUGUACCUUUGACUCCGGUCUGUGCAGAACAGAUAUGCCGACGUCAGUCAGCGUAAUUUAUGCCCUCCCCCUCUCGUCAUGCGCAUUCAUUACACCAGGGAUAAGUUGCACAUUUUCGUUUGGUCAUCAGAAUGUUUCAAUGUUUUACAAACUUCUGGACUAUCUUAUCUAAAGUUCUUAUCAAUUAACUAAGAAUAAACGUCAAGGAAUAUAUGUCUUACCUGUUCAAGGUGUUUCCGGGUGUAGACAGAGACCUCUUCCAAGGUUACGUCGGUUAUUUCUGCAUCAUGGUUGCAAAGUCACAUCACACGUCAAAUAGAACUUCUAAACUUACUUCAUUUUAAAAUUCGAAGUACGUUUGUAUUAUAUAGUUUACAUUCUACAUAAAGCCGCAAUUGUUACGGUAAUAAACACAGAAAAUUACAAAUAUUAACGCCCUGAAGACUUGCACUGUAGUUUCACAGUAUUCAGCAGAGAUCCAUGAUGUCUAUGACAUUAAUAGGAAAUAGAUUUCACUCGUACUGAAAUCAAAGAUGAACAAACAAAUGACAAUCUAAAUCGUCACACUGCUUUCAGAAAGCAUGUUGUCAAUAUUCAAAUAAUCUCACGGAGGUCAAGCAGUGUUUUAAAUCAGAUGCCCCUUUGCCAUUAUUGCCAAAGUCUCUGAACUUAAUACUGAUUAUUAUGUAGGUCAGGCAGUAUGAUUACUAGGCUAUUGGCUGGACUGUCAUAAUUUGAUUCCUGAGAGGCACAAUAAGUUUUUCAUUUAGUUACCAUGUCCACUCAGCCUUCAAUGCAAUCAGUACCAAAGAUAUUUUCUCCUUGGGCAAAGCAGGGUUGUCACCUGCUGCUCUAAGGAACUAAAAAGGACUAAUAAGACAAGUUGCCUUGAGCAACUGUCCAACUCCCAAUUCUUUAUAGGAGAUGAUGAUAUUUACGUAAAAAUAUGUAUUAUAAUAAUGUACUGCAAUGUAAUGUUACAUUUUAUUUAAAACUAUGGAAAAAAAAAUAUAUUUGAAAAUAUCGCUUGCUGAUUCAUGCCCUUUGUUAGCAAACUGGCCUCACACCCAGGGUGUCCAGCCAUAGUUACAUCAUAUGUAGGCCUACAACUGUAAAUAAUUAAAUGAUUGUUAGAUUACUUCAUGUUAGACCUUUCUAACAAUGUAAUAUUUAUUGAUAUAUUGGAUGAUGCUGAACUACAGUUAUUUACUUCGUUGUUGUAAAAUAUUUAUUCAAUAUCUAGAAAAUUAAGUUAAGAAAAUAAACAUGGCUACUUUUAAAGAUUAUGUUCCGUCCACUGGGAAAAGCAAAUCAAACAGGAUGCAAUCAAUGCAGGAUUAAUGUCAAAUACUCAUCUUACCAAAACACACAGAGUCAUGUGGUUUUUAAUUUACUGACAGUACUUUCAAAAUGUUACUGCCAAACUUGGUAUAUUAAAGAGUAUUGUUAUUGUAUAAACAGUACAGAUUUCAGUGUAGUCAUCUGAAUUUAAAUCGCUUGAUAAAGAAUUAAUUAUCUCA